GCCGGCGGUGGGCGGUGCGUUGGGCGCUUUCCGGUCAGCCUGGCUCUAGUAGAAUACAGUAGCAGCGGCUCGGAGGGGGAGGAGCCGCCGGGGCGGCAGCCCUGCCCCCUCCCAGUCCCGGAGAGCAUCCUGAACAUGUUCCCAGAUGGCGAUCAGUACACAGAUGACACAACCAGACAUGGCGGCCGUGUGCGCAGCUUUGCCCAUGAGCGAGGACACUGGGCCACCUACGUCUAUGUGCCAGUCCGUCCUCGGGAGGAGUUCUCUGAGCUGCUCGAUGAUCUGCUGAGUGUGGCUGGGAGGAAUGGGCUCCACCUCACCAAGAUGGAAGAAUUUCAUAUAAGCCAAUCACAGACAGUUAUCCUGCGUCAUCACUGGAUCGAGCCCUUCAUCCAAUCACUUCGGGAGAGGCUGAGAUUGGUGAAUCGGUUCCUGUGUAUUGCCAACCGCUUGAAGGUUUAUACCAAUCAGGAGAAAACCAGAACUUUCUUGGGCCUGGAGGUGACGGUGGGGCAACAGCAGCUCCUGGACGUGGUGUCAGAAGUGGACCAAUCACUGCAGGAGUUCAGGCUAGAGACCUUCUACCAGAAUCCCUCUUUCCAUGUUAGUCUGGCCUGGUGUGUGGGAGACAUGGUGGAUCUCCUGCAGGGGACAGUGCGGGAUCAUCUGCAGAGAGUGGUGGAUGAUUUUGAUGAUUCAGAGAUCCUGACACGAUUCUAUGCAGAUGAAAUUCGUUGCAAAGCUGGGAACAAGGUCUUCUCCAUCCCACUGCGCUGA